AUGGAAGAAACAUCCGUUAAUAAUUUUUCUAAUGAUUUAGAACAAUUGGUCAAAUUGCUCUGGGGUGGCCCUGAAAAUUUGAACGAAGAAAUAUUCUUACGAUGGAACCAAGGAUUUGUUUUUAGUGAACAUGAACCUUCAGCACUGCUCCAGUUAGACGGGGGACCCUGCUCUAUCAUUGCAUCAGUGCAGGCUUAUUUACUUAAGAAUCUGUUAUUUGGGUCGACCGACGAUGUUAGGCAGAAUUGGAGGAACUUAUCAGCUAGUGACUGCGAGUCAUUAUUAUGCACAUCUCUAUGUGACAUCAUGCAGCAAGCCACGGAUAGUGAUGCUUAUGUCAUUGUCAUUAUCGAUGACAUUGACUCUACCAACUCCAUUGCAUCGGCAAAUGACAUUUCAAUCUUUGAGAAGUUUCACAAAUUGAUUAGUUCUAAAAAAAUUUCUGGUCGUGAAAAUUUGAAGUUAGAUAUGACAAACCACUUGAAGCUAUUCUACAGCACAUAUGGAUGCCUACUCUUUCUCUAUUCUAUCUUAUUUACCAAAGGAUUAGGGAGAUUGAAAGAAGAAAUUAGUGAUGUGGAUGAAUCUCUGAUUGAUCCUGUUUACGGUCAUGGAACACAAAGCCUCAUCAACCUUCUGAUUACAGGCAAGGCAGUUUCAUACGUUUGGGAUAAUGUGAAAGAAGUUUCUGAACUAAAACUCUGUGGCAUAUGUGAGAGGUCACAGAUUGGAUUCUUGACAAUACUUGAGCACUUGAGAUAUUGUGAGGUUGGGUGGUUCCUAAAGAAUCCCCAAUAUCCAAUUUGGUUGGUUGGUAGUGAAACCCAUCUUACUGUUCUUUUCUCUGAGGAUACGUCAUUAGUAGGCGAUGAAGGACAAGAAAUGAAGAUAAGAAGGGUUUUUGGUCAAUAUGAUAGUGAAGGUAGGGGCUUCAUAACAUCAGAGGCCCUCAUUGAUGUCAUGAAAGCUUUGGACCUCUUUGCUGACCCUGAAUAUGUAAAGAUAAUGGUGAACAAGUUAGACCCUGAGCAGUUAGGAGUGAUUACACUGAACAAGUUUACUGAAGAGUUUUUUCCCUCCCAAGCAAAAUCUAAGUCCGUUUCAUUCAAAAUGUAUCAUUAUAAUGGCCUCCAAAGAUCCUCUCCUAAUAACCAAGUUUGUUACUCCGAGGCAGAAUGUACCAUAAUGGACGUUCCUGAACUGCAGAUCGUCAGUGACUACAGCCCCAUCAACAUGUGUCUUCUCACAAAAUGGCCGACCAUUGAAAUCAGCUGGAAGAAUAAUGCCAUUCCAUCUCUUAAUUAA